GACAGCCAGGAUGGACAGGAGGUCUGCCUCCAGCACCCUUUAUAAGCAUGUCUCCUUCACACACCUUAGGGUCCCUGUUAACCAAAUUUCUGCCUGAAUUUUUCUGCAUCUCUACAAACCUCCAAAGGACAAACAGAAAGCUUGGCUUUAUUUGAUUUUAGUUUAGCUCCUUAAGCUGAUAAACUUCAGCUGGGUUUUCCUCUCCAGAGAAGAUCACAACAAAAGGAAAGGUUUUUUCAAACAAAUAAUUUCUGUUGGCUGCAACCACUUCACCACCAGCAGCCAUGUACAGCUCCAGCUACUCCCGGGCCAGACUGAGCCCAGAGUCCAGGCAACCCCUGUACAGGAACAAAGGAAAGAGCUGCGGCUACUACAUGAGGAUUGUUUUCUUCUUUUCAUCCCUCAUCCAGUCUCUCAUUAUCGUCAGCCUGGUGCUCUUCCUCAUCUAUGGACAGCCAGAGAAGUCUGCAGAGGAGAAACAGGUUGAGGAGCUGGAGCAGGUCUUCAACAAACUGAGCAAGAACAACAUUGAUUUGAGGAAGGAGAAAGGUGAGCUUGGAGAUCAGCUGGCUGCUCGGACAGCUGAGAAAGCUGGUCUGGAGAAAGAGAUGGCAAAACAGAAAACUGAAGCCAACAACACAGAACAUGAACUCAAGAAAAAGAUUGCAAACCUUGAAAGGUCCAUGAGUAUGAUGCGACGUCCUCCUCCUCCUCCUCCCUUCCAACCCCCUCCUCCUCCAGUCACAUUUAACAAUGAAGCAAACAUUCUGAAGAGUAUCAUCAGUCAGAAGGACACUUUGAUUGGCCUUAUUAACUCAAACUUCACUCAGAUGGUUCAGUAUCUGACGCAUGAGAGGGACAGCGCUCUCAGAGAUCAAGACGUCAACCGAGAGGAGGCCAUCAAACUGGGCAGAGAGAACAACCUCCUGAAGGAGCAGCUCACCACCUACACCAGGAAGUGCAAAGAGGAUUUCGCGCAGUCCCUGGAUGGGAUCCAGGCGGUGACCACCAAGUUUUUAAGUAAGAUCGAAAACUUGUUCCCCCACUCGUCGACGUUCCACCUCACCUGCAACAGCCAGGAGGAGCAGUUGGAGAAGAUAAAAAGCAGCUGCACCAACCUGUCCAGGGACGUGGAGAGCAAGUUCCAGAUGUAUCUGGACAAUGUGGGCAACAAGGUGGUUGAGAUUCAAGACCUGUCCAGUAAGCUGGAGGUGCACAACGCAUAUCUGACCUCCAGGCUGCAGCAGUGUGGACAAAAACACAGCACAGCGGUCACUAAGGCUGCCAAUGACUUACAGCACAAGCAAAAGGUUCAUGAUGAUCAGGUAGAGAAAUUACUGAUGGAGCAGAGACAACUGAGAGAGCAGAAUAAACUCCAGGAGGACAGACUGGUCCUGAAAGACAAAGAGAUUCAGGUUCUGCAGGGAAUGGUGGCCAACAAGGCUGGCCCACCAAACGCUGCUUCCCCGCACUCUGUGCCUCAGCAGGGGAGGCAGGCUGCAGCCAGCUGGGCUUUAGGUGGCACAACUGGCAUCAGCAAACCUCCAAUGGUUGGGUGAAAUGAGCCACCCAUCCAUCCAUCCAUCCACAACCUGUACCAUCGUUUUUCAAAGCACAGAAACCUACUGCAACUUAGACUGUGAACAUCUUUCAAUGGACGUGUAUAUAUUACUAUUAUCAAACACUUUGGCACAAUCUGUAAAUAGCCAAUGUCAUUGUAAAAAGAAAGUACACCCUUCUUCAGUUUUAGGGUUUUACGUAUCAGAACAUACUAAAAUGAUCUGUUCUUUACCAGGAUGUAAAAUUACUUCAAACUAACCUCGAAUGUACUUAGAAAUGUAACAAAAUCCUAAUUAAACAGAACUAGGGGAGAAAAUGAAAAUCUUUUUAUUAGCAGCCAGGUGCUGCUAAUUGAAACAACUGAUUAACUGAUCAUCUGCAAGAGCGACCACGUUUUUAAAGGCAGGACUUUUGCCAGGUUGCUGGUCUGGAGCAUUCAGGUGUGCGUUAACAUGAGAUAAAAAUUGAAAAUUUAAAGCAAUGACCUUAAAGAAGCAACUGUUGCUGCCCAUCAGACUAGAAGGGGCUAUGAGGACAUUUCCAAAAUAUUUUAAAUUCUUUCUUUUGCAACAAAAAAGAAGCUCCAGUUUAAUAUGUUUGAUGCACAGCACCAUUUUUAGAGAACAACAAACCGCCUAUCACCAUAAACACAUCAUACCAACUGUCAGGCAUGGAGGUGGAGGGGUAAUGAUUCAGGCUUGUAAUGCACGUUUCAGUUAUAUCAAAGUCUUCUGGAGUCAAACAUGGUGCUUUGUGUCCAGCAGCUCAGGGUGACUCCAAAUGGGUCAUGCAAACAUUCAAACAAACAACAUCUGCAAGCAGAGUGGGACAAAAUUCCUCCACAACGUUGUGAGCAGGAAAGCUGCUAAAAGUGGUUCAACAAGCUACUGGAUCAUGGGGUUCAUUUAAAUCUUUACACACAACGUUUACAUUUUUCUACAUGUUUGUUUAACAAAUACUGCAAAUCUGAAAUCUUUAGUGUUUUUGUGCACUUGAGGUUAGAUAAAUUAAUUUGUGAACCUGGUGAAAUCAUUAUUACUGUGUCCUAAUACAUAAAACCCAACAACUGUAGGAGAAUGUGUAUUUUCUCCCAUGACUGUCGCUCCUCCGUAGCAUAAAUAGAUAAUUUAAUACUUGUAACUGAGCUUAAAUCAGCUGUGAAAAGACUCUGUGUCUGUGAGAUCAGAGGAAUGUGAAAAAUCCGAGUGUGAAUAUUUUUUUUUGUGUUCACGCUCACAAACGUAAAAUAGACUGACUCAAUCUGAAGCAUUUUUGUCCACUUACUGUCUCGGUGGGAGUAAAAAUGUAACAAUAACGAGGAUACACCAGCAGCUGUUGUCUGCUUUAAGCUACAAUAGCCACAUUUAUGUUCAACUGCAACAUGCCUGCAACAGUACGGACAUCAUCAUAUCUGCAGCUAGUGGCUCUACUUCUAUUUUAGUGUUGAUGGUGAGCUUAAAAAAGGGUCAGAACUAUUAAACGCCUGUUUUAUGGCUUAUUUUAUAGUUUUAGUAGCUAUUAUAGGAACUGUUCUCUAGCUUUACAGCUUCCUUUUCCUUCCAGAAGCAAAGAGCACAUACGUUUCUGUGGCUGGAAACAGAUGCUGCUCUUUUUACGAUUAUUAGGAGUCCUUUUUGGUACACAUGAACAGGGAAGGGGAAAAUAUAGAAACCCAAUAAAAAUUAAUUUUACUCAUGUUUGGGAUCAGGUUCAAUUAUCAUUAAAAACUGUAAAUAUUGUACAGAGGAUCUAUUGACACUGCAAUGUUUUAAUUGAUUCAAAUUAUAUGUGUUUUAUUCUUAAACUGCAUUUUUCCUGCUUUAUCAUAGCGAUUUUAAAUUAAAGUGUUUUCCUUUUAGUAACACACACAUUCACACACACACACACACACACAUAUAUAUAUAUAUCUUACAUUUUUUUAAGGUUAUUAACUCUGAACGUCAUGUUUUAAUUAAAUUUUUAAGCAACUUGAUUUCUAUUCAAUAUGUGAAUAAAUAGUUUUAAUUUGAUAUGGUUGUCAAAAAAGCUUAAAGUAGAUUUUGGAAAUAAAUUUGUCCAGUUGUUGGGAAUGUGGAAAAAUGAAAUUACACUGUAUUUUACACUUAUUGUCCUGCUGCCAAACGGUAAAACUCUACUAGUUUCUAAGUAGCUAAACGAGGAGAACCGAAAAUGAACCACUGAUGCAAACCUUUAGUUUGAUAGAUCUGUAAAUAAAACUGUUUUGACUUGA